UCCGUUCAGUUCAGUGUAUCAGUAAAGAGACAGAUUUCAACAGAAACAGACAGCAGUGAAAACAACAUCACUGUCAUUAUACUCGAUUAAAUAUUAAUAUUUUUUCAUUAAAUAAACACUAUCCUCAUUAAACGACUGAAGACUCGUUACUGAUCAACGUGUUUGCAUAGCGUCUUUGAGUUAAGCGACUCACUAAUAUUUGCAAUGGAGGAGCUUCAUAUCCAUUGCCUGAAAUGUGUCAACCGCCGAUGUAUGAUAAGACCAGAACCUAAUGUUUCCUGUGACCUCAUGGGUUGCCCUCUUGUGUGUGGAGCGGUUUUCCACUCAUGCAAACUGAAUGAACAUCGCUUGCUGUGUCCAUACGAAAGAGUCCCGUGUCUGAACUGUGGAUUCGGAUGUCCGUUCAACCUUGCCAGAGUCAAAAUGGCACAGCACCUUGAAACGUGCCCAGCCAGCAUUGUGUGUUGCACUAUGGAAUGGAAUCGAUGGCCAGUGAGUUACGCAGAUCGCAAGUCCUACGAUAACUUGAGUAAGGAGGUUUGUGACGUGGAGCAGCUCGACAUGGCUUUGGCCCUCCAGGAUCAGCGGAUGUUGCUGGAGUCGCUUAAAGUGGUGACCACUGUGACAAAAGCUCUGGAAGAGCAAAAUCAGGACAGUUCCAGCCGCCAGGAGUCGAACCCUGAAAAUGAAUUCAUUGAAAUGGAUGAGGAACCGUAUGGUGGACCUUACACAACUUCAGUGGAAAACCGUAGAAGCUUUGCCGUCACUUUGGACGUUCUCCGUAGUGCAAAAAAUAUUGACUUCAUUGUGGAGAAUACCAAUGGUGAGGAACAGAAUGGAGGUUGCAGCGGUGUCAGGAAUGGCGAUGGGGAGUUUAGCAAUGAAACAACAAAGGAAAGUGACACUGAUUCGGAUUCUGAUCUGGGAGCGGUAGGUGGUGCUGAUUGUCCUUUUCCAGUAGACCCUGAAGAUGAAAGAGAUGAUUGGUUGGAGAACAGUGGAUGCGGUGACUCUUCUGAAGAAGAAGGCGAAAUGAAUGGUGGGAUAGAACUCAGUGAACUUCAUAAUGAAGGGGACGGUGUCAGCCAGGUCAGACUUGAAAGGGUCAAUGGCUCUUCAAACGCAAGGCAGGUUUUAUCUGAUCAUUCCAUACCUGUUCUAGCACAGGAGCCUGAAAUGGCCCACUUGCCUCAGCUACCUCUUCCUUUGCCCAUCCCUGUGCCUAACCUGAUGCACAACAAUGUUCUGCACCAUUUGCCUUUCAGAAUUGAGGACCGAUGGCUGGAGCGCAAGUUGGAAAAUCUCCAGGCACUCAGGGGAAUGAACUUGUUUACAAUCAAAGGGCGAAGGACUCUGUUUUCCGACCCCUAUUUAUUCAAAGCCAAGAUGGAGGACAAGGCGGUGGACACGUCAGACCUUGAGGUGGCAGAUGAUCUGAUGGGUCUUCAUGGCAUUGACCUCAUCACCGCUGCCUUGCUCUUUUGUUUGGGAGACUCACCAGGAGGUAGGGGCAUCUCAGACUGCCGCUUUGUAGACGGUUAUCGCAUUGACUUUGGUACGCAGACCUUCUCCCUCCCUUCUGCAAUACUGGCAACCAGCACCAUGGUUGGUGACAUCGCCUCAGCUUCUGCCUGUGACCACGCCAGUCCGCAACUCUCCAACCCCAGUCCAUUUCACACCCUCAGAUUAGACCUCGUUCUGGAGUGUGUGGCACGCUAUCAGACCAAACAGCGCUCGAUGUUCACCUUCGUAUGCGGACAGCUGUUUCGCAGAGAUGAGUUCUCCUCCCAUUUUAAGAACGUCCAUGGUGACAUACAUGCUGGCCUUAAUGGCUGGAUGGAGCAAAGGUGCCCGUUGGCGUACUAUGGAUGCACCUACUCACAAAGAAGGUUCUGUCCUUCAGUACAAGGUUUCAGAGUCAUCCAUGACCGACACCUGGGCUCUUUUGGUGUGCAGCCUGGAUUAGCAGCUUGUCCCAAUGAGCCUCUAUCUAGAACUGACACCUGUCAAUUCAGGUCCCACUGUGAUCACCUUAGUGACCUGCCCUUUGAGUUACUCCAGUACAUUGCGAGCUUCUUGGAUGGCUUUAGCCUGUGCCAACUCUCCAUUGUGUCUCGCACUAUGAGGGACGUGUGUGCCAGUCUUCUUCAGUCCCGUGGCAUGGUGGUCCUGCUCUGGGAGAAGACAAAGCAAGUUGAUGGAACCUCGUCUUGGCAGAUACAAGACAAGGUAUGGCGGUUCAGUACGGCGUUUGACACUGUAAACGAGUGGAAGUUUGCCAACAUUUCCAGCAUGGCCGACCACCUCAAGAUGUGCACGUUUAACACCAUAACACGGAGAGAAGAGGCUGUCCCACUUCCAUGUAUGAGUUUUACAAGAGAACUUACAAAAGAGGGACGCUCUCUACGUUCAGUGCUUAAACCGGUGAUAUAGACAGUAGUCAAAAUGCAGAAGAGGAUUUCGUUUUAGAAUACAACAUGCCUUAUGUGUUUAGGUGAACCAUGGGAUUUGUUUGGCAAUGGAUUCAUUAAAAUAAGAGCCUAAACUUGAUAAACCAAUUUUGGAAGAGAUGUUUUUUUAAUAAACAAUAUCUACCUGCUGUAUUGAUGAUGGUUGUGCUGUCUUGCAUUUUUGAGACAAUAUAUUCCGUUUUUUUUUUUUUUUUUUUACAAAUUCGUUGCUUUUGUUGAACUAUGUAGCUUCAAACCAGAAACACUGAAUUUUUAAAAUGGUGAUGACCAAACGGAAAACCAUUGUGUGCAUUUUUGUAAUGCAGGAAUACACAAUCCAAUUUCUUUCAGAUCAGUGGUUCUCAACUGGUUUUACUUUUGGACCCAAAUUUACAUUGUACAUGAAAUGGUGACGUAAGGGUCAUGUUUUCUUUUACCUUGCAUAGUUUUCCUCCUUGAGAAUGUAUAUUAAGCAAACUGUCCAUUUUGGCAUUUCAUAUAAUAGAUGAGUUUGCUCCAAAAUACAUUAGAGUUUGAUUAGAUGUAGAGCAAAAGAUAUAGGAAUUGUUUUCUCUUUAUAAGUCCAUUUAUUUUACUAUCCUACCUAUGCAUGACUAUAUGGUUAGUUGCAUUUGAUUAUUUGAAUUUGUAUUUAGCAUUGUUUUGUUUUUUUUGCCUGCUGUCACAGAACAGACCAGCAAACCACCAUUUGAGAACCACUGAUGUAGACUUUAACCUCCUGAUUUCUCUCUCAUUUAAAAGUCUAUAAAUGACAGUCUUAUACAGUUUUCCCUUUUGAUCAGUUUGUCAGAACGAACACAUAACAGUUCAUUCUCCGAGAAGCAUUUAUGGUAUCCAGUUUUAGCUGUAUACAACACAUAGUACUUGAUACUGUCACACACAACACUUCCAGUGGUCAUCUUCUGUGUCUUUUGAAAAGUAAGCGGAUUCAUGUAAAUGUACUUUAUCUAAGUUGAUGGCAUGUGCUUUAUUACAAUCUUCCUGAUGCUGAGUCACUGCACAAAACCUGCAGGACAGGUACAAGACUGCAGGUGUAGCCUGUUUUGUGGUGGCAUACAGUGCAUGUGCAGAUGUACUUCUCUGUCUCUCAGGGGUUUAACAUCAAGCAUAUGCCAUUAUAGACAGUUUAUCUGUUAGAAACUUGAUGUGAGCUUGUGAUUCUCUUCCACUUUUAUUUGUUGAUGGUUUAAAAGUCAAGUUUACAGUAUGUUUUCAGGUGUGCAAUUACAGUGUUUCAGGUUGCUAACAGUCUGAAAUGUUGCAAUAUUUUCAAUCUUGUUUAAGGAAUUAGUUGUGUGAUAUGUUUUACUGUAUGUGCUUUCUGCAAUUUUUGUUGUGUGAUGACAAUAGAGCAAUAUUCUGAAACGUUUCCGAAUAAUCUAAUUCUAGCAUCUUUGAGAACUGAAGAGUCAUGAAACGCUUAUUUUUAAAGACUUUAUCAGAGUUAACAUCAGUCGAAGUGCAACAUGUUAAUGUCUUUGAGGUUUUUUUUGUUGUUGUUGUUGCCGAAGGAACAAAAUGCAUUCAUUUAUUGCAUCAACAGUCUGGGAGCCUUUUAUGUUGUUCUAUUUAAAUAUAUUUACUCUAAGUUUUCCAGACAUAUAUAUCAUUGUAUGAGGGAACUCAGGUAUUUAAAGAAGAACUGUGGAAAGUUUAGGUCGGGAUUUGUACUUUUUUUUUUUUUGAAAGUAAGUGUACAGUUAAUUUACCCUCCAAACCAACACUUUUUUGUAAUACAGUUUUCAUAUUUGCGGUUUUAUAUGACCUCAUAGUUCUCAAACCUCUUUUUCUAUUGUAAA